GCCCAUAUCCCCCAAUCCCAUUCAAUCUUCACCAAAAAAAGAAUAAGGUGGCGCACCAUUUCCACUGAAACCCACUCUCCCUCUCUCUCUCACACUCGUCACACUCACAGCUAUCAUCUCACAGCUCAAAUCGGAAAACCCUAGUUCCCAAAUUAUCUGAUUACAUUUACACAUCAAAAAAACAUCAUGCCUCCCCAAUUCUCAAUCCUAAAUUUAAUUUAGUUAAUUUUUAAAAUCCCAAACAUGUCCUCCGAAGAAAUAGGAAUGGUCCCCUCUCAGUCUCACUCCAACGGUCUUAACUCCCAACUUGUCUUCGAAUAUUCCUCUUCCUCCGCCGCCGCCGCCGCUGCCUCCGCCCCACCUCAGCAUCAUCACCAGCGCCGCGUCGGACUCCAGGACCACCCCAAGACCACCCGCGAGCUCUCCGGUUACAUCGACGACAAGCUCUUCUUCACCACCCCUCAGCCCCCCUCCACCACUGACUUCCGCCGCAACAACAACAGCUUGUUCGCUCAUCGCCGUCAGUGGGACGGUAACGGCGGCGGAGCCACCACUCCCAGCUCCGAUGAAGACGACGACGACGACGACGUUGAUGAUGAUGACGACGACGAUGAGGGCGAUGACGGUGACCCUGAUGGCGAGGUUGAACGACUAGUCGUUGGGGUUGAUGAAACCAACAACAACAACAACAGUAAUAACAAUAACGACAACGCUGGCAAUAAGGUUAAUAAUACUAAUGUUAAUGCUAAUGCUAAUAGUGGUAGUGGCAGUGUGCAUGGUGCUGCAGACAAACUGGGAAAUGGGAAAGCCAAGCACCAUUCCGCUUUUGGGUCGAGUAGAGAGAUUUUGGGGAAAGAUGGGAAUGUGGGUCAGUCUGCAAAUGACGCCAUGAGCGAGAAUCAUCAUCAGCAGCAGCAAGGAAGGCUUGUGAGUUACCAAAAUGCGGUAACUAUUGCGGAGCCUGAUGGGGAGUUGUAUUAUUCUCAGUAUUUGCAGGGUACUGAGACUGCUUCUGCUUCUGGGCACAAGGAUGUAGUUAUGGACAAUGGUUGUGGGUUUAGUGGGAGAAGGGAUGUUUCGUGUUCAAGUGAGUCAGGAGAGUCUCUGAGGGCUAUUCUCUCAGACCCUGUCAAUGGAGCUCUUAUGGAUGAUGCAAUGAUAUUGCCUUGUGGACAUUCCUUUGGUGGUGGGGGAAUACAGCAUGUUACUAGAAUGAAAGUUUGCUACACUUGUUCUCACUCAGUUUCAGAAGACUCAAUAGCUCCAAAUCUCUCUCUGCGAGCUGCUGUGCAGGCAUUCCGCCGGGAAGAAGAGUUACAGUUUUAUCGCUCAUCCAAAAGAAGAAGAGAAAGGUUUGACCAGGACAAGGGUGGUUAUGGUGAUUCAACUCUCAUGGAUCCUCCUAGGGGUAGAGGUGUACAAUUUCCAUUUGCAGUGACAGACAGGGUUAUUAUAAAGGGAAACAAAAGGACACCACAGCGCUUUGUUGGACGUGAGGCUAUUGUAACAACACAAUGCUUGAAUGGAUGGUAUGUCGUGAAGACAUUGGACAAUGCAGAGAGUGUAAAAUUGCAAUAUCGCUCACUCUCUAAGGUUCCAGAUGACCCAUCCUCAAAGACAAUGUCAAGCAAGAUGGCUCCAAACUGGCUCUAGAGCUGCAGCAUUCCAAAUGGGCAAAAGUGAAGUGUGAUUCUUACUUGGUUACCAAUAUGCCACGUUUCAAAUAUUUAAUCUAACUUUAUCAAGGAAGAGGGUUCUGUUUGUGCUUGUAUUAUUGUAAUUCUUGUGACAGAAUAUCAUGAUAUACGGGUCUUGUAAAUUAUAGAAGCCAUGUUACUGCUGAUCUGAGAAACCUGAAUGAGAUUUGAGUUAGGAACGUUUAGUCAUCUUUGCUUUAAUUAUGUGAGCAAUUGUUGUAUUCAAGUGAAGCCUGUGUAUAAAAGGAAAAUGAAUGUCAUAUAAUCAAUUUUGGUUUAUAAGAUCAA